CAAACUUCAAAAUCGCCCAAAUUCCAAAUAAAAAUUUGGCCUUUCUUCCUCCUCUUCCUUCCUUCUUGCUAAACGUUAACCAAAACCCCAGCAAAUCAAUGGCAUCCCAAGCCACUAGAAUCCCUCCUUCACUCCCAAAACCCCACCGGAAACCACUCCGCCCCAAAAAUUUCACGGCGAACCUCGCCACCCCGGAAAUAAAUUCUAAGAAGCCAAAUCUGGCGAUCGUGGAACGAGCCGAGAAGGAGAACCUUGAAAUCUCAGGUUUUGAUGAGGAAAUGAACCUUUUUGUGGAGGAUGCUUCGCUUUCGGAGGAGCUUGAGGGGGCGCGGCUGAGGACGGAGAGGCUCCGGUUGGAUAGGGAGAGGGGGGAGACGAAGAUAAGAGAGAUGGAGGCAGCAUUCGAGAGGUGGAUGAUAGGAGCGGAGAGGAGAUUGCAUGACAUCUUGGUCGCAGAGAUGGAUAUCCGGCGACUGGUCCGUGCUAAAGAGCACCGGGCUUCUUGCUUGAAAUCAUCAGCUUUUAUGUCUCUCAGAGCAAGGGAGGAGAAGAAAAGAUGGCAAGUUGCUCAAUUGCAGGAAAAAGGAAAUGCGGUGGACAAAAGAAUAUCAGAGUCAUCAGGGUCCAUAAGAAAUAAAUAAAUGAUUUUUUAUUUUUUUUUGUCAUUCUUAUCUUGCAUUAUUCAUACCCAAAUUUGUAAUUGUUGCAUAUUUUGGUUUCUAGUGUGAUAAUGUGGAAUGGAUUUUAUCAAAAGUGUUGAGUUGUUAGGUUUUGAAGUUAUGCAUAAGGAAAAGGUCUUGCUGUAACUUAGUUAUAGUCUCCUCAUGUAAAUCAUAAUUUCUUCCAGAAAUGCUCAAAUUAUACUGCCCAAAGGCCUCGAACAAA